GCAAAUCUCGAGAGUCUGGGCGUCCGGUGUGAAUCAACACGAUUUUUCCGCACAACUUUUCAUAAAUAUGUUGUGCUAGUGUCUUAAAGGCUAAGAACGAUGAGCUUCUCUAGCGAUGAAGUCAAUUUCUUGGUUUACCGAUACCUCCAAGAGUCUGGAUUUCAACAUUCUGCGUAUACAUUCGGUAUAGAAUCACACAUAUCACAGAGUAACAUAAACGGAGCAUUAGUCCCACCAGCAGCAUUGUUAUCAAUACUUCAGAAAGGAUUACAGUAUACAGAAGCAGAGAUAUCAAUAGGCGAAGAUGGCACUGAACAAAGAAUGGUGGAGUCAUUGUCUCUUAUCGAUGCUGUCAUGCCAGAUGUUGUCGCAUCAAGGCAGAAUCAAAUUAACCAACAGAAACAACAGGUGAAAACGGAAGUGCAAGAUACGAAUGGCGAAGAAGUUGUAACCUCCAAUGAAGGUGUAGGCACAAAUGAGAGAGGAGGGGAUAGAACAGAAAUGGAAGUAGACGAACAGCAGCAAGGUUCUGGAGGAGGAAGUACUGCUAGUGCAGUUGAAAUCCCAGAAAGUAAAGCUACAAAAUUACGCGGUCACGAAUCAGAGGUUUUUAUAUGCGCAUGGAAUCCAACAACCGAUCUGUUGGCAUCUGGUUCGGGAGAUAGUACCGCCCGUAUUUGGGAUAUGUCGGACAACUCUCAAGCACCGAAUCAGCUUGUUCUUCGUCACUGUAUACAGAAAGGUGGUACUGAAGUACCAAGUAACAAAGAUGUCACUUCAUUAGACUGGAAGUGCGAUGGUACCUUGUUAGCAACAGGAAGUUACGAUGGAUAUGCAAGAAUUUGGAAAACAGAUGGUAGAUUAGCUUCAACUUUAGGUCAACAUAAAGGUCCAAUUUUUGCGUUGAAGUGGAACAAACGUGGAAAUUAUAUACUAAGUGCUGGAGUUGAUAAGACAACGAUCAUAUGGGACGCAGAAAGUGGACAGUGCACCCAGCAGUUUAGUUUCCACUGUGCACCUGCCUUAGAUGUAGAUUGGCAGACAAAUACAUCGUUUGCUAGUUGUUCCACGGAUCAGUGUAUUCAUGUGUGCAAACUUAAUGUGGAUAAACCUAUUAAGAGCUUCCAAGGUCAUACGAAUGAAGUUAAUGCUAUUAAAUGGGAUCCUCAAGGCAAUUUGUUAGCUAGCUGUUCGGAUGAUAUGAGCCUAAAAAUUUGGUCUAUGAAGCAAGAUACAUGGGUACACGAUCUUCAAGCUCAUAGCAAAGAAAUAUACACAAUUAAAUGGUCACCGACUGGACCUGGAACUCACAAUCCAAAUAUGAAUUUAACAUUAGCUAGUGCGUCAUUCGAUUCGACAGUGAGAUUAUGGGAUGUCGAAAGGGGUGCAUGUAUACACACACUUACGAAGCACACAGAACCAGUCUAUAGUGUCGCAUUUAGUCCAGAUGGCAAAUUCCUUGCAAGCGGAAGUUUCGACAAAUGUGUUCAUAUUUGGUCUACUCAGAGUGGUCAAUUGGUGCACAGUUACACAGGUACAGGGGGAAUAUUUGAAGUCUGUUGGAAUAGUCGAGGGGAUAAAGUGGGUGCUUCUGCAUCCGAUGGCAGUGUGUUUGUUCUUGAUCUUCGUAAACUGUAUUGUUCGACUUUGUACUUUUUAAAAUACCAGCCAGGUUAUACGAUUGUCUGA